AUGACCGUCGACAUACACUUGUACAACCUCCGGAACAUCCCUUAUUUCCUGGGAGUUGUCCGCGUGGGCUGGCUUAUCCGGAGUAUUCCGGAGCCUUAUUACGACGAAACCAUCAUCCGGGACGAGGAUGAUUUCCGGAACGAUGCGGAGUCUGUUCACGACGAAUUCGUCGGUCGUGGCCGCGGGGUUUUCCGAAGCCUGCCGCGGCCGUCGGAUGCGGCGAGGGAGCUGGUGGUUGUGAAGUAUGAGCCUGGAGGAGAUUUCCGGGAGGACAGUUGCAUAAUCUGCUUCGAAGAGUUCGAGAUGGAGGAGGAGGUGACGCGGUUGCCAUGCAAGCACACCUUCCACGUUGGCUGUCUCGCUCGAUGGUUGGAGCGCGGCAACGGUUGUCCUCUCUGCAGACGCGAGCAAUCUGCUUCCACCGCUGUGCUCUGA